AUGUUGGUGGGUUAUAAGUUUCUUGACAAGAAGGUUUGGAAAAAAUUUGUCAAGUCUCGUAGUUUUGAGGAGAUCCUGAUACAACCAUUCAAGAUUCUUUGGUUAUGUCGGCCCGUGAAGGUUCCUUUGUUCCAUAACUACGACAAGAGAUUCAAUGAAAUUGUCCCACAAUAUACACAUGAAGAGGAUGAUGAUCAAUUGCCUGAAAAAACUGUCGUACGUGGUGCAAGUAUCCAUUUUUCUUUAAAAUCACUUCCUAUAGAAGGAAACUUUAGCUUUGAUGAACUUGACCUUAAAAAUGAAGCUAGAGAUUUCGACAACCGGUACCGAUCUCAUCCUAUGACAGUGCUUCAUCCAAAAUCAGUUUCUGAUAUUGCAGUUACUGUAAAGCAUGUAUGGAGUUUAGGUCCUAGCUCGGAGUUAACGGUUGCGGCUAGAGGACAUGGUCAUUCGCUUCAAGGUCAAGCUCAAGCUCAUGGAGGAAUUGUGAUUAAUAUGGAAUCGCUUAAAGUUGAAGGGAUUAAGGUGUAUGAUGGAGAGUUUCCUUAUGUGGAUGUUUCAGGAGGUGAUUUGUGGAUAAAUGUUUUGAAUGAGACAUUGAAGUAUGGUUUGGCACCAAGAUCUUGGACAGAUUAUUUGCAUUUGACAGUUGGUGGUACUUUGUCAAAUUGA